AUGUGGCCGGACGGCAAUGACCAGUUCUUCUUUGCAGUAUGCGCUGCGGCUGCCUUGGUGUACUGCCAUGUUGUAGCGCCGGACAUGCUAGCAGCUUGGAAGAAGCUUCGUAACUGCUGGCACGGGGCUUCUGGGAACCACACCGCUGACCCGAAGGGUGUGGAACAGCUGAUGGAGAAUUUCCGAGCGGCCAACUUGCGUUACGGCACCGUGGUAUUUUUCCACAUAGACCUGGUGACCUCUCUGCAUUUUUUGUGGACUUUUCUGCACGCUCCGACCAUGUCUGGCGCAACGGAGUUAGCAGCCAGCAUCUGCUCCUGCAUCGUGGCGUUCUGCAUCAGCAGCGGCCGCGUAAUGGUUUCCCGAAAGCUACUUUUGUUCGGGAACUUUGUGUGUCUGCCCUGUGCAAGCCUCGGUGUGUGGAAUCCGGAGAGAAGUGAUUCCGACUUCGACGCUGGGCUGAAAUUUUGCAUGGUGCUGAUUGCGCACUCUGUGGCGGCGCUCUUGUUCCUUGACGUGACGGUUUUCAUUCCGGCGGCUGUCCUGCACAGCUUCGUCAGCGUGGCGACGUUCAUUCACUUCAGAGGCAGCUCGCAGUUGACACCGGUCUUCGUAGCGUUCCAUGUGUUCCAGCUGUUCGCGCGCAUCGUCCUCGUGUGCAUGGUCGAGGUUGCGGUGCGUGAUUGCUUUGGAUCCCAUCAGAAGUUGGAAGAAGCAGACUGCAUGAUUGCAGGGUUUCAGAAGAUUUUGAAAGGGCUUUGCGACGGAAGCCUCCUGCUGGACGAUCAGCUACGCGUCCACGGGCCCACAACUUCUUUGCAGCACCUCCUUGACCGGACAGAGAUUGCAGGCGUCGACUUCGAAUCACUUAUUGCGGAUUCCUCGGGGAGGGAGCGCUUCGCCACCUUCAUCGAGGCCUCAUGCGCUGCUGCCGGGCAGCGCACGGGGGCAUCGCCUUUCUGCUUGCGGCUGGCCCUGAAGUCCGGCUCCGGUGGGAUCGUUUCGCUGGAUGCAUUUCACGCAGCAGUACCGGGCCUUUCAGGGUCGAAGAAGCCAUACCAUCUGCUUGCCUUUCUUGAGGACAUCGAAGGCCGUCCCGCGCUGCCGGCUCCGCCGGGCGGGGUCCCUGAGCCCUGGCGAUGGCCCCGUUUCGGCACGGCGCCGCGGGUGCCCGGCCCAAUGUCAUCCCAGGCCAGCAGCCGCGCCUCGACCGCUGGAUCCCCAGCCAUGGAUGCCCUCGAGACUCUGCAGGUCGUUCGGGAGUUGGAAGAGGCGACAUUUGUGAUUGACAGUCAGACAGAGGAGCUGAUCAUCCUAGAGGCACACCUGAAGUUCGUCAAGACGCCCACCGAUGUUGAGUUCAAGUUGCAUCUGCCUUCGGUGAAGUCCAUCUCCAGGCCAACCGAUUGGCCACAGCUGCAGAGCGAUCUGUUUCAUUACGCACAUGGACUUUUAGGAGGUGCACCCCAGCUGCCAACGCGCCUCCGACCGUUUCGCGUCUCCGUUCCUGGCAACCCGCGGAAGUAUUUGAAGGCCGAGUACACCCAGCUGAGCUGCGCGAAUCGCAUCGUCCUGCCCGACCAGCCGCUGUUUCUGCACCUGCAUCUGAAGAACUUCAACAAGAUGGAGGCGUAUCCCACGCGACUUGCGAGCCGGUUUCAGGGAUUUGCCUUCCAAGAGGACGAGGAGCAGAGCGACGACGAUGGGCAGAGUUCUGGGGCGACCAGCAGCUUCACCUGA